CCGCCCGUGAUAAAGCCAGCCCCGGAGCGAUCGUGUUCUCCAUCCUCGUCUGGAAAUUGUUUGCGCUGGUGAAGUUUUUGGACUGCUGCAAUCAUGGAAGUGGAAAAGGCCCCAGCCUACAAGGAGUCGCUGCUGUUGGAGGAUGAAGAGGCCACUAAGCGCGCUCAACGCAGGAAAUGCUGCAAGGAGAGGAGCGGCAAACGUGGAGUUUUGGUUGUGGCCAUUGGCCUGGCCCUGAUGGCUGGCAUGUUCUUGGCAGGAUGGUACGGCGGCCAACGUCACCAUGACGACCACGACAAACAUCAUCACAACGAACAACCACAGUAUCAGUACCAGUCGCCUUCAGACUAUUACCAGAUGUCUCAGGGCAGUGAUGGUAGCUACUUGAACAAGCCGGUGCUGGAGGGAAGUGUUCCAGUUACUGACUUUGUCAUGUGUAACUUUGCUAACGGGACGCAGUGCCAGAGUGGAAACCCAAUGCUAACGCCCAAGGGUACUAUCCAAGUGACACUCUACAAGAACAACGGCCAGACAAGCUUCAUUGUAACCAGCACCGGUGAGAACUAUGGAGAGGCCCUUUCAACACUGCGUAAGAAGCGCUCGGUGGCAUCUACUGUCAAGACUUACCUGAAUCGCUUGCACUUCACCAACUGCGACGCCAACCUGUUCUCGCCCAUCCAGAAUGACUACAAGCAACUAGACAAGAUGGCUCAUGUCGACUCCACCCAGGGCAUUCACAUCGACUUCAAUUACUCCAGCAUUACCUCUCACACGCACAUCAUCAACCUGCUCGGAGAUCUGCCUGCCGCGGGUUGCAACAUUUCCUUCGACAAGGCACCAGUCAACCAUCUCUUCUCGGUACGUGGUGGUGAUGACAUCAUGACGUCGGAUAGUGACACGAUCCCACAGCCGUCCGUCCCACUCUUCAUCAAGAAUAUGAAGAGUAUGCUGCCCUCGUUCGAGCCUGGUCCAGUCGACCUUACCCAGUUCAAGGUGCCCAAGAUCGACAUGUCCUCUGCCUUCGACGGCGCUCCCGAUGUCCAGAUCGGUCCGCUGACUGUCAGCGGCCGCAAACGCCGCUCGUUCUUCAGCGAUAUCGGCGAUGUUGUCCACGACAUCGGUACAGUCUACCAGAUUGUCCAUCCCAUCACCAAGGCUGUUGAGAGCACCAUCAAGAUCCUCCACGAUAAGUCCCACGGUGGCACCAACGGUACAAUCACCUAUGACGUCACCAACCAUACCGCCCAGUGCCGCAGCCGCUUCAGCAUGCUGUACCACGACGCUCUGCAUGAUGUCAGUGGACUGGUAUCCAGUGCCCGUGACCAUCAGACAUUCAUGUUCCGUCACCAGAACUCCGCCGGCUGGAAGAACCUGUCAAUGUGGCAGAGCGUCACACCGCUAGUUAACCAGGCUGCCAGCUCUGUCCACUCUCUCGUUGGUCAGAUCCCCGGCGUUCUACCGUGCUUCACUCAUGAGCUUGGCGAACUGAAGACUCGCGUCCAGAGCUUUGCCAGCAAGUUGGGCCUUGGUCGCAAGAAGCGAUUCUUGGGUUUGUCAUGGAAGUGCAACGUCUUUGACUCCGUCAAGCAGGGCUUUGAGUGUGGUCACAGCGCCUUCGACUGCGGCGAUGACAUCUUGAACACAGAGGACUCGUUCGGUCUUUCACUGAUCAAGGGAGUCCACGAUUGCUACGACGCUGGCGACGAUUGCUACCACCUGGUACAUAACUGCGUGGGUGGUCUGUAAGCGGCACCUCACGUGCACGCUGAGCCCUCUCGCUGGGAUUCCGUCAUCGAGAAGAUUACGCUGCUCAACAUCUUGGCUAAUUUAGGCUUUCUUGCCACCUCAUUUGCUUGUUGUCACUACGAAAAUAGUUUCUCAGAAACUUGUCAUGUCUCCUUUCUCUCCAGCAGCAUUGCGCAAAUCAUUUUCUUUCCUUUUUUUUUACAAAAACUACCCGUUUUAGUUGGUCCUACAUGUAUAUCCUGUCGUUCGUCUUUGAUUCAACCUGCAUUUCUACAACACUCAGGUUUUCGGUUGUCUCCUGUUUUUGUUUUCUACAAAAUCCACAUUAUCUCCAGA